AUGCUGCUACCCAUGCCAUGCCCCAUCUCCCUCCCCAACUCCCUCCCCAUCAGCCCCCUCCCCCUGUCUCUGUGUGUCCCAUCGGCUCCCCUUCAGCUCUUACCACCCCUCAAACCGCAUGUGCUCCAAAGAUCCCUGCCACGCCUUCACCUUCCCCCUUUUUCCUCUCUCUCUCUCUUCCUCUCCCCUCCUCUUCCUUCCCCUCCACUCCCCUCCAUUACCCCUCUCGUCUCAACCCCCCUCUCCACCCACCAGGCGAUGGAGAUAGAGAACGGGGUGUUUCUGGGGCCGGUGGGCUGCCUCACCUUUCAGGGCCCCAUGGGCUUCACAGCUCGCCGCCUCGCCUUCACCUUCCACACACUCACCCUCAAGCUCGGCCCGCUGCCGCCCUUCCAGGUCAGCUGCCGCCCUUCCAGGUCAGCCUGCCGCCCUUCCAGGUCAGCUGCCGCCCUUCCAGGUCAGCCUGCGGCUCUUCCAGUGCGCAGCCUGGUGGCGCGGGCGCAGCACGCGCAGCGCAGCUCUGCUCCAUCAUGCCCCGCUCGCACCACCUCCGCAAAAGGCCUCGUGUUCCUGCUCUCCCCUCUCGGCAUGCACUCGCGCAACCUCCACUCGGACCCGGGGUGGAGCGGCCUUGCCAAUGCCCGCGCCACCAUUUUUGGAGACCUCUGCUCCUGCCGGCCAGCCAGCAGUGGCCCUCACGUCACCUCCCGCAGCCCAUCAUUCCCUCCUCUCCUCCAACCCACCCCCCAUCGGAGUGGGCGCGGGGCUUCUAUCUAUGCGAAGCGGCACCAGGACGGGGCAGCGCAGCAGCACACAUCUGCUCUCCUAGCUGCUCUCCGUGCGUUGAUGUGCAACACACACUACAAAUGA